GAAGGAGGAGGAGGAGGAGGAGGAGGAGGAGGAGGAGGGGAAGAAGAGGAAAGAGAUGAGUUUGAAGGUUUGAGACCCACAGAGGAAUCAGAGGAUGAAGGGGUCUCCAUUGACCCCGAGGACACUGAUGUCCAGGAGGCACAUGAAGGAUGGCACUCUGAGGAAGGUGAAACCGAUUUCACUGAUGACUUCACAUCGCCUGUCACAGAGGCCAGUGAUGCCUUAUUGUAUGAGGCAGAGUUGGAGCUCAUUGAGACCGGGACAGAUGCUUCACUCCUGAGGGAAGACGCAGACUCGACUUCCACAGAGGCAGACCUAACCAGCGGACCCAAACACACAGGGUUGGACACACCCUGGGAAUCACAACUGGCACUGCAGGAAUCUGAAAUAGCUGCAGGAUCAGGUUACACAGAGAAUGGCCACGCAUCAGACAUCCUUAGAAAUACUCAUGAUGACAAUGUUAUGGCUGACACUGAGUUUGUGCCAUGUGGUGCGCCUGAAGAGAUGACUCUUAUGGACAUGUCUGUAUCAAAUCCAGUGUCUGAAUCAAUACAUAGACAGCAAGAGGAAGCAGAACUUAAAAUAAAGAUGCCAUUAUCUAAGGAAUCAAAAUCAUUGGAUGAGGGGAGUGAAUUAGAGCUCAAGGGGUCGACCACAGCAACACUCACAGACUUGUCAGUUGAAGAGGAAUUGAUGGAGUCAGAUGUUAUAUUUACGGCAGAGGCUGAGACGGAUGAAAACCCAGAGCUAUCUGAGGGCCCCAUGGACCCAAAAGCACCACCAGAGAGCAUCAUCCCAGAGUCUGAGAGAGAAUUUGGAGAAGAAUCAGUUCACACUGGCAGAACUCAAGUGCAGGAGUUGUGUAGAACAGGAUCCAUGAGUAGCGAUGAGGACAACGAACACAGAGAGACUCAGGAAGAAUUAAGAGCUUCAGAAAGUAACCUGGUAGAAAACAAAAGCGAACUGCUAGAAGACAAGGCAGGAAAUGAAUCUGCACCAGUGGCGGAGUGCCAAACAGAUAUGAAUGAAGAAGCUGAGUUGGAAGACACAGUGCCAGGAGAACGGGAUGGAAUCACAGCAGCAGGACCAGAUGACAUGGAGGAAGACUUGCAAAAGGCUUUACCAGAAGACAUGGCAGGACUAAAUGAAGAACCAGAUGUUGAAGACAUGGCAACCAUAGAGGUGAGGGAUGGAGAGGCGACACACCUGGAUGACAGGUUGCUGAAGAGAAAGCUGGAGCGUGCUGGAGCAGAGGAAGAGGCGCUAGAAGAUGAGCCAGACGUCACAGCAGGGCCAAAGCGGUCCUCUUUGGACUUCUCUGUCCAGAAGUCUCGCAUCGCAGUGAAGAACCCUCUGGUCCGCCCUCCCAAAGACCCACGCAGCCUCCUGAAUCUGGCCUCUCUGCAGCCCACCCCCAGGGCCCGUCCUCGGCAGGACGCCCUCCCUGGUGACCCCAACAGAAAGCCUCCCGCACGCGGGGUGCCCCCGGGAGGGGCUGGGGUCAUGGGUGUCAAGCUGCCUGGAUUAGGAGCUGGGUUUCCUGUGUUGAGAAAAACCAACAGAGAGCCGAAAGAGGAAGAGAGGGCCCAAAGCUCACUAUCACAGAAAUCUGACUCAGAACAGAAACAGACAGAGGAUGCGGCAGAGGAGGGGCAGACCAAAAGCAAACCCAAGUGGACGCCACCAAAGCAUGCCAUAGGGAUGGGGACGCCUUUCAUGAUGGCUGAAUUGAAGGGAAAACUGAGGAAGUCCCCCGAAAAAUAAGAGAAUGACCUGUGGCCAGAACUGAUGAAGUUUAACUGCAUGUCAGUUUGUUGUUGAGUGCUGGCAAGCUAUUUUUUAAUCAGUUACUUUGUGAUGGGUCAUGCCUUCUUUUCAUGACUUGAAUAAAUCAUAAAUGCCAAUGUAACUUUACUUUACUAGUGUUAAAUAAAUAAAUAAAUAAAUAAAUA